GCUUCACUCCCCUCCAUGUUGCAGCUAAGUAUGGGAAGAUGGAAGUGGCCAACCUUCUGCUGCAGAGACACACUGCGCCCGAUGCAGCUGGGAAGAGUGGUCUAACUCCCCAUGUAGCUGCUCACUAUGACAACCAGAAAGUGGCUCUGCUGCUGCUGGACCAGGGAGCUUCACCGCACGCUGCUGCCAAGAAUGGCUAUACUCCACUCCACAUCGCGGCUAAGAAGAACCAGAUGGAGAUUGCCACGACGCUGCUGGAGUACGGAGCCGACACCAACGCUAUGACACGUCAGGGCAUCACACCGCUGCACCUGGCCUCUCAGGAGGGCAACGUAGACAUCGUUACCCUGCUACUGGCCAGGGAAGCCACCAUCAGCUUGGGCAACAAGAGUGGUCUGACUCCUCUCCACCUGGCAGCUCAGGAUGACAAGGUCAACGUAGCUGAGGUGCUGGUUAACCAGGGGGCCACUGUUGACCCAGAGACUAAGAUGGGAUACACUCCGCUGCAUGUGGCGUGUCACUAUGGAAACGUGAAGAUGGUCAACUUCCUGCUAAAGAACCAGGCCAAGAUCAACGCCAAAACCAAGAACGGAUACACCCCCCUCCAUCAGGCGGCCCAGCAAGGCCACACCCACAUCAUCAACCUACUGCUGCAGCACGGAGCCUCUCCCAACCAAGUCACUGUGAAUGGUAACACAGCCCUGUCCAUAGCCAGGAGGCUGGGGUACAUCUCUGUAGUGGAUACUCUGAAGGUCGUCACUGAGGAAACACAGACCACUCUGACGGUGACCGAGAAACAUAAGAUGAACGUUCCAGAAACCAUGAAUGAGGUUCUGGACAUGUCAGAUGAUGAGGGUAAGAGAUGUAGGAAUAAUGUCUUAAUAACCUGAUCAUAUUAUAUUAUAUUAUAUUAUCAUAUCCAGUGACAGAUGCAGGAGUUAUGUCUUAAUAACCUGAUCAUAUUCAGUUACAGAUGCAGGAGUUAUGUUUUAAUAACCUGAUCAUAUUCAGUUACAGAUGCAGGAGUAAUGUCUUAAUAACCUGAUCAUAUUCAGUUACAGAUGCAGGAGUUAUGUCUUAAUAACCUGAUCAUAUCCAGUGACAGAUGCAGGAGUUAUGUUUUAAUAACCUGAUCAUAUCCAGCGACAGAUGCAGGAGUUAUGUCUUAAUAACCUGAUCAUAUCCAGUGACAGAUGCAGGAGUUAUGUCUUAAUAACCUGAUCAUAUUCAGUUACAGAUGCAGGAGUUAUGUCUUAAUAACCUGAUCAUAUCCAGUGACAGAUGUAGGAGUUAUGUCUUAAUAACCUGAUCAUAUUCAGUUACAGAUGCAGGAGUUAUGUUUUAAUAACCUGAUCAUAUCCAGUGACAGAUGCAGGAGUUAUGUUUUAAUAACCUGAUCAUAUUCAGUGACAGAUGCAGGAGUUAUGUCUUAAUAACCUGAUCAUAUCCAGUGACAGAUGCAGGAGUUAUGUCUUACUAACCUGAUCAUAUUCAGUGACAGAUGCAGGAGUUAUGUCUUAAUAACCUGAUCAUAUCCGUAUGAUAAAUCAACGUAAAAUAUGGUUUAGAUUUAUGUAUUUUAAUGCUUUAUCAUUUUUCUAUGAUUUUUAAACACUUUUACACAGUUGGUAAAGCCAAUGUACCUGAAAUGCUCAAUGAAGACUAUUUAUCUGAUGUUGAAGAAGGUACUUUCACCUUUUUACUUUUUCUUC